AAAGAAAGAAAGAAAGAAAGAGAAAAGGCCCAUAAGAGUUUAAAAUAGCCCGCUGUAACGCUCUGGCAGCAGAAUGAAUUGAAGGGCGGAAUGCCAGAGGCAAAACAAAAAAGUGAAAUCGUUGAAUAGCGGUAUGUAAAUUGGCACGAUAGAUUUGGCGGGCACACUUUGAAAGGAACAGCCAUUUCGACGCUCAAAGCGCAUGUUAGGAAUGGCUACUGGCGGCUCACGUUUAACCAAUCACCAGUUAGCCCAUGUUUUCCGGAGAAUGCGGGGUGAGUUUGCAGUUCCCUUUCAGGUCGUGUCAGUCUGUAUAUGAAGGGGGGCGAGAGCGCGGCCCUGCAUAAGUUAAAGCAAUCUUUGAGCGUAGAAUCAUGUCUGGAAGAGGCAAGGGCGGAAAGGGUCUGGGCAAAGGAGGCGCCAAGCGCCACAGGAAGGUGCUGCGGGAUAACAUCCAGGGCAUCACCAAGCCCGCCAUCCGCCGCCUGGCACGCAGAGGGGGAGUCAAGCGCAUCUCCGGCCUCAUCUACGAGGAGACUCGCGGGGUCUUGAAAGUGUUCCUGGAGAACGUUAUCCGGGACGCCGUCACCUACACCGAGCACGCCAAGAGGAAGACCGUCACCGCUAUGGAUGUGGUGUAUGCUCUGAAGCGCCAGGGACGCACUCUGUACGGAUUCGGGGGUUAAAGCCUCGCUUCUGUCUCUUUAUCAAAACGGCCCUUUUAAGGGCCACC